AUGACCAACAUGGUUUCGUGGAAGCAAACCUUCAUUAAAGUCCUUGUCUUGGGCUCGGCCUUCGAAGGUGGCAGCGCAAGCCCUCUUUCUUUGUCGAAUAUACUACAAACAUCUGAAGCUGUCUCCUAUCAACUGGGUGACACUACCUAUCUUGCCAAUGCAAAAGAACCCCGGGAUACAUUGACCAUCAUCAACCCCAAGGUUGACAAUCACUACGCUACUGGCACAAUCAUAACCUUGACAGUCAUCCCCGCCAACGAGACCAUCGUGACUGCUCACCACCUCAAUGCCACAAUCUCGAGCUAUUUGGCAAAUGACGAUGUUUUCUCAACAGAGUUUCUCGGUGCCGUCUAUCUCACCUCAUCUGCCGGCAAUACCAGUGUAACUGCCGAUGCUUUGGAGUAUCUUUCGAGCGCCGGUGCAGAGACCAUCUAUCUUGACUCCAUUGUCUUCAAGAGCCAGGGCAGACGAGCAAUAUCGAUCCACCACAAGUCCGCUAAGACUCUGGCGCCUGGUCCAUAUACUGCCGUGAUGUCGAAAGACAAGGUUAGUCUUCUAGACACGUACCGCCUAUACCCAGACAUGUAUCGUGAUUUCGUCACCGGUAUGUAUCCGUCCAACGAUGGCAGCGGCUCUUUUGUACCACUUCAAUCUAUGUCUUCAAGGCUCUGGGCACCGUUGGUCCCCGUGCCGAGCCGCAUCCAUUCAUGGGGAGACCCACGGCCGUUAGCUGGCAAACGAGUGGCAGUCAAGGAUAUAUUCGACAUCAAAGGGGUGCAGACGUCAGCGGGAAGCCAAGCGUGGGUUCAGAUCACGCCUGUUGCCAACAGAACCGCACCCGCGAUUCAGCGACUGGUUGAUCUGGGCGCAAUUCUAGUGGGGAAGCAAAAGUUGGCACAGUUUGCUUCCGGCGCGAAUGCCUGGGAUUGGACAGAUGGGCAAGCUCCUUUUAACCCACGGGGUGAUGGAUACUUGACUUGCGCAGCAUCAAGCUCCGGCGGAGCCUGCUCCAUUGCGGCGUACGACUGGCUGGAUGCCGCGAUUGGCAGUGACACUGGCGUUUCCAUCCGUCGCCCAGCGGCUGUUACAGGAACCUUUGGAAACAGACCCAGUCAGGGAAUGAUCACGCUGCAGGGUAUGCUUGCCCAGAAUUGGGCUGAGGACACAGCUGGUGUUCUGUGUCGGAAUCCGGCCGAAUGGGCCAGGUUUGCCAAGGCUUGGUAUACUCCAGAACUUCACCAGCCAGCGUCGAUUACAGGGUUAUCUCCCCUGUCGGUUCCGGACACAAUGGCCUUCCCGACCCAGAUACUGUAUCCAGAAGAGCAAUUUCCCCUCGUGAAUCCUGCCGCUCAGAAGAUCCUUGAGCCUUUCCUCUCCACCAUAGCAAAGGAACUCAACAUGAGUAUCAAAUACACGAACCUUAGCGCUACGCUCAUUGAGGCGCCUAUCUUCUCGGACAAUAAUAACACCAUGGACCGUCUCCUGACGGCAACGGCUGCCCUAACAUAUUGGUCAUCGCAUGUAGCUGUUGCUGACCCUCUGAUGACCGAAUGGGCACGCCGUUACGAAGGACGCUUUCCCCCAGUAGAUCCGCUGUGGCGCAAAGAGUGGUCGCAAUUCAACGCCAGCGUCAUCAAUCAAGCAGCAUACGACCAGGCCUUACAGGAUAAAAGGAAGGGUGUCGACUGGUUCGAAAGGAAUGUGUUACCAGAGACGCCCCAAUCCUGCUCGGAGUCAUUAUUGAUUUGUGACAUUGGCACUGGUGGACUGCCCAGUUUUCGCGAGAAAGCUCUUAACGAGGGUCCCAAUGCUACGUUUCUGGGAAGGAUGCCAGAUUGGGCCGCGAUACCUUGUUCCAUGAUCUGUCCUAUUUUUGGGUGA